UCAACCAGCGCUUUGGGGGAAAGCAAGGUACGCAUGCUACAGUGCGAGGGACCCGCUUGCUGUGGCCUUAUGGCCCUGCGGGCACGUGAAUAAUGAUACAAUGUCGCCGACUUAACACUUUGCCUGUACUGCUGCUGCUCAGACAGAAAACCUACCCAGUGUUCACGCCGUUCCAGCCACCAUGAGUACCAAAGUGCAGAAGUUGAUGACCCAGCCCAUUAAUCUGAUGUUCAGAUUCCUGCAGAAUAAAUCUCGCAUCCAGGUGUGGCUUUACGAGCAGGUCAACACGCGGAUCGAGGGUCGCAUCAUGGGCUUUGAUGAGUACAUGAACCUGGUGCUAGACGACGCUGAGGAGCUGGACGUGAAGAACCUUAAACGCACACCGCUAGGCCGCAUCCUGCUCAAGGGCGAUACCAUCACGCUCAUGAUGGCCGUCGACACAACCAACGGAUCCAACUAGCCAACCCGUAACAAAUAUUUUCCUGCCACGCGCGGGACCUUGCAGUUUUGCCACUAUUGACUGAGUUUUGGUCAACUUUUUUGUGGUGAAAAUGCAAAUAUUAUUGCACUGCUUGGUUGCUCUAGGACACGUUGUAAGCGUUCUUGAAAUGCUUCAAGAGGGCGCUCCCGUCAAAAGUUAACUCGGUCACCUCUUUGAAGCUCUGUACGAACACUUCGAUAUCAUUCACAACUCUAAAGACACAACGCCAGGUAUUACGUUAAAAUAGUGUGCACGGAACAGAGAGAAGACUGCUACAACAUACCGUUCCUUGCCUGCUGCCGUUCGUGGUUGCACCAACUUGAAGCACUCGGGCAACUUCUGUGUGAACAUGUCGAACACGCGCGACAUCACGUCCUUCAUCUGUGGCGGGGACAGGACGGGAUGUAGCACUCCAUGAAGCUUUAGCGUGCUCUGCGUUAUGCCGCGCAUCGGAUUUGUCGGAACGGAGAGACUGGUGGAGUCGUAGUCAACCUGAAUGAGUCACAUGACAAGAACGUUAGAGUGCUGAUCACUGGCUGUCCUGCAUACACCGACGCACCUCCGUUGCAACAUUCUCCAAAAAGCGCUUCAUGAUCUGAUCCUCUACGAUGCUUGUGAACUUGCUAAAUAUCUUUUCGUUGUGUUCCGCGUAGUCUCGCAGGACGCGGUCAAACUCGUCUAACAGCAGUUUCUGACGAUCAGUGAAAUGUGCAGCUAGGGCAGCCUUGAUGUGGGGGAUUAGAGUCAUGGACAACUCCAAGGACUGGGAAGCCAGAGCUGAAGUCGAUAUACAAAAAAAAGAUCACACAUGCAGGUUAAGUAUUGCGGGCAAUUGCCAAUAAUGAACCAUCGUGGGUCGACGUGCUUACCUAAGUGCCGAGCUGAAAUGCUCUUGAGGCGGGCAAUUUGCAUUGCGCCAGCGCCGAGUACCAGCUGAGUCGUUCGUGAGUUAAAUAGCUACAUCGCAAGGCAUACUUACGUAAAUGAGUUUUUGUG